AUGGCGUUAGGUUUUGGCUUUGGUUUUGUUUCUGGCGUAACCGGUACAAUUGCUGGUUAUCCAUUCGAUACUGUUAGCUUUUACAAAGGCAUGGCAUCACCAAUGUUUGGUGUUGCAAUUAUAAAUGGAAUUGUUUUUUCCAUACAAAAUGUUUCAAAAGGAUUAUUUGAUAAUCCAGAUACAUAUUUUUCAUUAGCAGUAACGGGUGCUAGUGCUGGUUGUGUACAAUCAUUUAUUUGUUCACCAAUUGAACUUGUUAAAACACGCUUACAAAUGCAAGGCAUUGGGCAACAAAGAAAACUAUUUGCAUUAUCAACACAUUUAUAUUAA